UAUACUUCUUGCUUUCAAGUUGAACGCAUCUCAUCAUUCAAAGACACUCUUCAUUUCAUCUCUAUUUCACAACUGUCGGACCAUUCUUAUCUCUCUUUUCCUCAAUCUUUCUUCUUUGAUUUCCCAAAGAAAACAAGAGAAUAUGACAGCAGAGCUCUAUCUUACGUUUGCCAUGGAGGAGACUUUGACAAGGGUCAGUUCCAUAGCUGCUGAAUGGAUCAAACUUACUUGGGGAUUGGAGGGACAGCUGCGAAAGCUCAAGCAGUCCUUGAUCAUGAUCAGAGAUGUGCUCCCAGAUGCAGCAAGAAGGGCAGUCAUAGACGAUUCUGUGAAGGUUUGGCUGGAGAAACUACAAGAUGUAGCUUACGAUGCUGAAGAUGUUCUAGACGAGGUUGCUUAUGAGAUUCUCCGUAAAGACCAAAAGAAGGGAAAGGUACGUGACUGCUUUUCACUGCACAACCCUGUUGCAUUCCGUCUGAAUAUGCGUAAAAAAGUUAAGGAGAUCAAUGGAUCACUGGAUGAGAUCUGGAAAGAUGCAGCCGGAUUUGGGCUGGGAAUUGCAUCUCUACAUGUAGAGAGUGCUCCUGAAGUUAUCCGGGAUAUAGACCGAGAGACAGAUUCCUUGCUUGGAAGCUCAGAAGUUGUAGUAGGAAGAGACAAUGAUAUCUCUAAAAUCAUGGAAUUGCUGAUUGGUUCGAUCGGUCAACAAGUUCUGUCUGUUGUCCCUAUUGUGGGGAUGGCAGGUCUUGGAAAGACUACCAUAGCAAAGAAAAUUUGUCAAUUAGCGAGGGAGAAAAACCAUUUUGAUGUGACUCUAUGGGUUUGUGUCUCUGAUGAUUUCAGUAAAAGGAGGAUAUUAGGAGAGAUGUUGCAAAAUGUUGAUGAAACUACAAGUAUGUUGAGCAAUCUACAUGCAAUUAUGGCAAAGCUUAAGAAAAAGCUGGAAAAGAAAACACUUCUUCUUGUUCUUGAUGAUGUGUGGAAUGAAGACUAUGAUAAGUGGGAUGAUUUGAAGGAGGGAUUGUUAAAAAUUAACAGCAUGAAUGGGAAUGCUGUUGUUGUUACAACCCGCAGUAAGAAAGUAGCAGACAUGAUGGAGACUUCUCCUGGGAUUCAGCACGAGCCAGGGAGACUUUCAGAUGAUCAAUGUUGGUCCAUUAUCAAGCAAACGGUGAGCAGGGGUGGAGGAGAAACAAUAGCUUCAGACUUGGAGUCUAUUGGAAUAGAGAUUGCAAAGAAAUGUGGAGGGAUUCCAUUGCUUGCUAAAGUUAUGGGAGGAACUCUUCACGGAAAGCAGGCACAGGAGUGGCAGUCAAUUCUAAACAUUAAUAUUUGGGAUUGUCAGGAUGGAGAUAAAGUUUUGCGCAUUUUUGAUUACUUGUCAUCGCCAUCACUGAAAAAAUGUUUUGCAUACUGUUCUAUUUUUCCUAAAGAUUUUGAAAUUGAAAGGGAAGAGCUGGUUCAACUUUGGAUGGCUGAUGGUUUUCUCAGGCCAUCAAAUGGGAGGAUGGAAGACGAAGGCAACAAGUAUUUCAAUGACUUGCUUGCAAAUUCCUUUUUCCAAGAUGUUAAAAGGAAUGAGUGUGAGAUCGUAACAAGUUGCAAGAUGCAUGAUCUAGUGCAUGAUCUUGCAUUACAGGUCUCAAAAUCAGAAGCGUUAAAUCUGGAGGAGGAUUCGGCUGUUGAUGGUGCAUCUCAUAUUCGUCGUCUAAAUCUCAUAUCUCAUGGGGAUGUUGAGGCAGCAUUUCCAACGGUUGAUGCUAGAAAAUUACGAACUGUUUUCUCAAUGGUUGAUGUAUUCAAUGGGUCUUGGAAAUUCAAAAGCUUGAGAACUCUCAAAUUGCGACGGUCUGAUAUCACAGAGUUACCAGAUUCAAUUUGCAAGCUGAGACAUUUAAGAUAUCUUGAUGUCUCAUGUACCAGUAUCAGAGUAUUGCCAGAAUCCAUCACCGAGCUCUACCACUUGGAAACAUUAAGAUUCACUGAUUGCAAGUUACUAGAAAAGCUUCCCAAGAAAAUGAGGAAUUUAGUGAGCUUGAGACAUCUUCAUUUUGAUGAUCCAAAGCUAGUGCCAGCUGAGGUGAGACUCUUAACACGCCUUCAAACUCUGCCGAUUUUUGUUGUGGGUCCAGAUCAUAAAAUUGAAGAGUUGGGAUGUUUGAAUGAACUAAGAGGAGCAUUGAAGAUAUGCAAGCUUGAGCAAGUUAGAGACAGAGAAGAAGCUGAGAAGGCAAAAUUGUUUGGAAAAAGAAUGAAGAAAUUGGUGCUUGAAUGGAGUGACGAUGAAGGUAACUGCUGUGUUAACAGCGAAGAUGCGCUGGAAGGCCUGCAACCUCACCCAGACAUAAGAAGCUUGACAAUUAAGGGUUACUGUGGUGAAUAUUUCCCAUCAUGGAUGUCUGCAUUGCCUCUCAAUAAUCUGACGGUCCUGAGAUUGAAAGACUGCAGCAAGUGCAGACAACUCCCAACACUUGGAUGUCUUCCUCGCCUUAAGAUUCUAGAGAUGAGUAGAAUGCCUAAUGUGAAUUGUAUAGGCAAUGAGUUCUAUAGUAGCAGUGGCAGUGCAGCAGUACUGUUUCCAGCACUAAAAGAACUCACUCUAUCCAGUAUGGAUGGUCUUGAAGAAUGGAUGGUACCAGGUGUAGAAGGUUAUCAAGUAUUUCCCUGUCUUGAAGAGUUGAGCAUUCGGCAGUGUGGCAAGUUGAGGCAACUCCCAACACUUGGAUGUCUUCCUCGCCUUAAGAUUCUAGAGAUGAGUGAAAUGGGUACUGUAAAAUGUAUAGGCAAUGAGUUCUAUAGCAGCAGUGGCAGCGCAGCUGUACUGUUUCCAACACUAGAAAAACUCACUCUAUCCAUUAUGGAAGGUCUUGAAGAAUGGAUGGUACCAGGUGGAGAAGUUGUUGCAGUAUUUCCUCGUCUUGAAAAGUUGAGUGUUAAGAGAUGUGGUAAGUUGGAAAGCAUUCUGAUACGUCGUCUUUCAUCUCUUGUAGAAUUUGAAAUUGACGAAUGUGAGGAACUGAGAUAUUUGUCUGGUGAGUUUCAUGGCUUCACGUCUCUUCGAGUUUUGAGGAUAUGGAGUUGUUCAAAGCUGGCAUCCAUUCCAAGCGUACAACACUGCACAGCUCUGGUGAAAUUGGGUAUAUGGAGGUGCCGUGAGUUGAUCUCAAUUCCUGGUGAUUUCCGAGAAUUGAAAUGUUCUUUGAAGAAAUUGAAUAUUUAUAGUUGUAAAUUGGGAGCUCUUCCAAGCGGACUACAAUGUUGCGCAUCUCUAGAGGUAUUAUCAAUAAUUGAUUGGAGAGAGCUUAUCCAUAUCAGUGAUUUACAAAAACUGUCUUCGCUUCGAAGAUUAACCAUUCAAUCAUGUGAGAAGCUCAGCGGUAUUGAUUGGCAUGGUUUACGACAAUUGCCUUCUCUUGUUUAUUUACAAAUCACCAGGUGUCGGAGUUUGAGUGAUAUCCCAGAGGAUGAUUGCUUAGGCGGCCUCACCCAACUGGAGGAAUUGAGCAUCGGUGGUUUCUCAGAGGAGAUGGAGGCCUUUCCUACAGGAGUUUUAAACUCAAUCCAACACCUCAACUUGAGUGGGUCCCUUGAAAAACUAGAGAUAUGGGGAUGGGAUAAACUGAAGAGUGUACCCCACCAACUUCAACACCUCACUGCCCUUGAGCGAUUGGAAAUAAGUAAUUUUGACGGGGAGGAAUUUGAGGAAGCUUUGCCAGAAUGGUUAGCCAACCUUUCUUCUCUUCGAUCUCUUUGGAUUGGGGGUUGCAAGAAUCUCAAGUAUCUGCCAAGUUCAACAGCCAUUCAAUGCCUCUCCAAAUUAAAGCAUUUGGAUAUUCAUCGAUGUCGACAUCUAUCAGAAAAUUGUAGAAAGGAGAAUGGCUCUGAGUGGCCCAAGAUUUCUCAUGUCCCAUCAAUCUAUAUGGAGGGUACAUGUGUACAGUGGAACCUCGAAGACUGAAGGAAGUCAUGGAAUGGUUAUUUAAAGCUUUUGCAGAAUAGUGUUUGUCGGGCUGGAUGGUGGAUAAACAUGUGAAUUCACGAAGAUAGAAGAGCUUAAUAUGGGCAUGGAUGUGAAUCUUUAUCUGCAUGCAGUGCAACUUCUAUUACUUUAUAUUAGAUUUUGUUUUUUAACAUUUAAGAAUUCUAUUUUUAUGAGUUUAUAUAUGCUGAUAAAUGUUUUUCAAA